AUGGCCGCUGCUUGCACGGUGAACCGGCCGCCCAUGCCGCCGUCCACUCACAGGCUGGAUGGCUGGGUGGUCGCUGCCUCCUUCUUGCCGGCAUGCGGGCUGGCAUUGUCCAAGCUCCUGCCUGGGCCGAUACAUGGUACAUCGCCGGUUGGUGGUGGAGAUGAUGCAGGCGCCGUGGUCGGGCGGCUUGUCAUUCGAGUCGUCGCCCAUGGCCACGUAUCGGUGUGCAUGUGUUACAAAGUGUCCAUCCACGCAGUCGCGCGUCUCAUCUGCUCGACGAUGCGGACGACCAGACGAUGUGGUGCAGUUACCGGGAACACGUUGUUGACCAUCUAUCUGCGGGGGUGA